GCACGCUUGCGCGCACAGCUGGGCCGGCCGCGUCCUACGCAGCAGCCGCGAGCCCGGCAGCCGGUGCCAGACGGUUCCCGGAGGGGGGCAGGGGCGGGGCGCUGCAGGAGGCCAGGGACUCCUGGCGGAGGAGCCCCCAAGGAGACCCGCCUGACGACUAACGAGUUGCCAUGGCAUCCUACUACGAGAUCCUAGACGUACCGCGAAGUGCGUCCGCUGAUGACAUCAAAAAGGCGUAUAGGAAGAAGGCAUUACAGUGGCACCCAGACAAGAACCCAGAUAAUAAAGAGUUUGCUGAGAAGAAGUUCAAGGAGGUGGCCGAGGCGUAUGAAGUGCUGUCCGACAAGCAUAAGCGUGAGAUCUACGACCUCUAUGGCCGGGAAGGGCUGACUGGGGCAGGAACCGGCCCGUCUCGCGCGGAAGCUGGUAGUGGCGGGCCUGGCUUCACCUUCACCUUCCGCAGCCCAGAGGAGGUCUUCCGGGAGUUCUUCGGGAGCGGAGACCCUUUUGCAGAGCUCUUUGAUGACCUGGGCCCCUUCUCAGAGCUUCAGAACCGGGGUUCCCGACACUCGGGCCCUUUCUUCACCUUCUCUUCCUCCUUCCCUGGGCACUCUGAUUUCUCCUCCUCGUCUUUCUCCUUCAGUCCUGGGGCUGGUGCUUUUCGGUCCGUCUCUACGUCCACCACUUUUGUCCAAGGACGCCGCAUCACCACACGCAGGAUUAUGGAGAACGGGCAGGAGCGGGUAGAAGUGGAGGAGGAUGGGCAGCUGAAGUCCGUCACGAUCAAUGGUAUCCCAGACGACCUGGCCCUGGGCUUGGAGCUGAGCCGUCGUGAGCAGCAGCAGUCUGUCACCUCCAGAUGUGUUCUGAGCUGGAUGUCCGGGACCCAGAGUUGCUGCACAGUUCCAACAGGACAGCGCCCAACCCUGUGCACUGGGAGGGGACCCUCCAUCCCUCUCGCUCACCCGUGCUGAGCAUAGAGCUGGGCCUGGGUGGUGGGCGGGGGCCGGGUGGGAGGUAGGCUUAGCCUGUAAAUGCUUCCCAGGGUGUUUGGUGCUGUUUCCUGGGGACUACAAGUCCCAGAAUGCAACGCACCUCGCCUCCUUUCUGUUAGAUCAUGCUUGGAGGAAGUGGUGCGCAGUUAACGGAGCUGUGCAUCUUGGGAUAUGUAGUUCCAGCUCUGGUCGGCCUGUUAACUCGUCGUGAGAUGGGGACAUCUUGUCAUUUGAUUUGUCCCUGGCAGGGGUGGCAAGAAUGUGGAUGAAGGGGGAAUGUGAGCUUCGUUUCCCCUGAUACCUCUUGCUAGCGCUGGGGUUAGAGUGUACAAAUCAAGGCCCCGAGGCAUCUGGGAGAGGUUAUUUUCCUGUGGGCAGUCCUGGGGUCUGAGAAUGAGCCAGGGCGGAUUGGCUGAGCAGGGCGUGGUCUCAAGAGGGCUGAUGGGCAUGGGCUGGUGAGAGCUUGGAAGGUGGAAGGCCACCCUAGCGCUCUGGGGGGUGUGAGUGUGUGUGUGUGUGUGUGUGUGGCUGGAAUCAGCGUGUGAUGGGUGCUCCGGGCAUGCCGCUGCUUGUAUGGCUCCUUUGGCCUCUGACCCUGCUGCCCAUUCUUUCUCUCCAACACCACAGAAACUGCCUCUCCUCCUCCCUCCCUGGGGAGCCCGGUGGCCGGGGAGGGAAGUGGUGGAGCUGGGGCGUUGCCAGCCCCUGUGCCAUUGAGUCUCAGUGACCUAUCAAAGCCAGCUGGGCUGAGCUCAGACCAAGAGGGAAACACUGGAAGUCAAUAAAGCUGAGUUUCGAGAGCUUA